UUAAGUGGCUCGUUAUGGAUCGAAACGUCCACCGCGAACGUUGUUUGUGUCCAAUAUUUAGUACCUCUCCAAUCGUGAUGCAACCCGACCAACGAAAUAACCGACACGGUUUAUCGACCACAGAACCGGUGGAGCAAUUCGUUUUCGGUUUCAGAUUUCUAUCCUGGUUCAGGCAGCACUUGAAGGAGCUAUGCAAUGCAACCGCAUUGCACGGGUACAGCCAGAUUGUCCGAGACGGUUAUGGGCCAUUGGAGAGAUCCUUGUGGAUUGUUGCGGUUAGUCUGUCUUCUAUAACGGUGACUUCGCUGCUUUGGAUAGCCUGGAAUAUGAGCGCUCAGCAUCGUGUCCUAACCGUUAUCGAAAGCACGAACUAUCCCGUGUGGAAUAUUCCGUUUCCGGCGGUUACUAUUUGCAAUCUGAACAAAAUAUCCGCCAAUCGAUCGUUGGAAAAGGCGAAAACGAUGAUUCGACCAGAUAAUGUGAGUGUGGAACAGCUAGCGAAUCAAUUCGGUUUAUUGUUCCAGGCCAACGGAUUGACAGAAAGUGAUGAAAAUGAAUACAUGAAAUUGCGUCGAACUUUACUGUUGAAUAAUUUGGAGGCAUCUCAGAUGAUCGUGGAACUGACGCCAAGUUGUUCCAGCUUGUUGGCGCGUUGCUUGUGGAAGGGAGCUUCAUGGGGAUGUGAUGAACUAUUUCAAACCGUUCACAGUGGUGAAGGAUUAUGUUGUGCCUUCAAUUACCAUGGAAUCGAAAGCAGUGCUGUGAAUAUUUCAAUUGAGUCGAGAAGAUUGGCAACCAGCGACCCUAAAAUAGGACUUUCAUUGAUUCUUGAUCCAAAUAGUGAAGACUAUUAUACCACCGAUAUUGCAACGGUUGGAUUCAAAGUUUUGAUUCAUAGCUCUGUUGAUUAUCCUGAUGAAAGCGCCGAAAUUAAAAUUCUGGCUUCUAACACCGAAGCUUUUGUCAGAAUUCUUCCCAGUGAGACCUAUAUAACAAGUAAUGCCUUAGAACAAGACAUCGCUACUCGGCAUUGUGUAAAUUACAACGAAAUGCGAUUGGGUGUUUUUCGAAAUUAUUCUUUCGUAAAUUGCAUGGCUGAAUGUCGAGCAUCGGAAAUAUUCAGACGCUGUGGAUGCGUCCCGCAUAGCGUCCCCAGCAAUGGAUCCCUUCCGGCUUGCGAGUUGAGGAAUACAAAGUGUCUGCUGGCGAAUACUCAGUAUUUUCACAGUGCAAUGCCCGUGGCUCAUCAAACGGAUGGUACGAUUUUGUCACUCUGCAAUUGUCUCCCAAGUUGUGAUUCGGUACAGUAUUCCGCGGAAAUGAUUUCCAAUCCCCUAAACAGGGCUUAUUCCAACAAUUUUUUCACAUUAUUCAAAGACAUUGAACUGAGGGAUCACAGCGUCUUGCAUAUUUAUUACGAUGAUUUGGUGUCAACUCGAUUCCGAACGGAUAUCCACCAAACAUGGCUGGACAUAUUGUCGUUUAUCGGUGGCAUGCUGGGGCUAUUCCUCGGGUUUAGUAUAAUCACAGGACUUGAAGUGAUUUACUUCUUCACCAUCCGGCUGCUAUUCGAUGUUUUUGUACAAUGAAGAGAGCGAUGAGCGAGCUAAAGCAAUGUCGAUGAAACUUGAAAUGGAAUUGUAUAACGACAGGCGUUUUCAGAUGGCUAAGUUUAGUUUAUCAUGGAAGCACAGACAGGACCGUAUUCACAUGAACAUGUUUUGCGACCCUUUUUUUCAUUGUAAUCAUGUUGCAUCCAUAUUCAACUUGAGCGCGGUCGGAUGAUAUUAUAAAUUAAAAUUAAUAUGAGUAAACUUGAAUGAGGAUUCACCUACAAAGGUAUGAGAAAAUGUAACUAUUUUCAAAUGUAAAAGGUGCGUUCUUCGACUUCGGCGUGUUUUUUUUUUAUAAAGUUGGCUCAUUCAAUGUUUAGUCACUGUGCAUGAUUUGUAAUUCCUGUGCCAACACCCGAAAUUGGUGAAAACAAUUUUAAGAACUUCUCAAGACACGGCCGGAUGUUAUUUCUAAAAUAGCAGCAUAGGAGACUCCUUUACUAUUCAUUGAAAACUAUUUUAAAUUACCAUCAUGGUGAAGUUUCUAUUCACUAUAGACUAGAAUAUCAUCUAAAUCAGCGGUACUGAACCUUUUUUCAUAGGAGCCACGAACACGUGUUAGUCAUGGUGCCGCAGGCCGCAAAAAAAGAUAAAUAAAGAAGGGUGAUGUUCAAGGCACGACCGCACUGUUAACAUAGAACUACGAAAUUAUUACCGGCGAACACAAACAUUGAAGAAAUUUAAUAAUGAAACUCUUUGAUACAAAAAUUUGAUAGCAUCGACAGGGGCAAAUAAAUGCCUUUUUUAUGGUCCCACCUCUUUCCCUGCAAAGGUUUGAGCGGAACGAGUUAUCUUAUUGAUAAUAAUUAUAUUACGGUAUUUAUAUAUUUUUUCAUCAACUAAUCAGUGAGCAAACUAAAUUGAAAAGAAAACGGACUGGUUAUCUCGCAGGCAUAGAUUCCUAAUCGAAAGAACAAUUUAAGCCAUUAUAUGAACGUAUUUAUUCCAUGGCAUGUCGAGGGAAUUUAUAAUCCGGGGAGACCCUAGAACAAUCGGGAAUUGAACCCAAUACCUAUGUCAGUGUUAGCCAAUAAUUUACAAGGGAAUUCCCACUAUAUUAGAUCGCCGACCACGAUGCGAUCGUUCCCGAGUUCAAGCAGCUGAGCAAACCCAAGCCUUACUCUAGCCGAUACUUCAGGCCCAUUACUUAUCUCAAGGCAUGUCAAGAAAAUUUCCAACACGAAAAAAUACUUUACCGAUCAGGAAUUAAACCCAAAACCUAUGUCAGCAUUGGCCUUCAAUUUACAAAGGAAUUCCCGCUUUACUAGAUACCCGACAUCAUUCUGCAAAUGCGAUCGAGACCAGACAGCUGAGCAAACCUAAGCUUAAUUCCAACCAAUACUUUAGGCCCUACAUUCAACCUGGAGUAUAAACGUAUCAACCAGAAUCUGCAAUGAGCUCUGCCACAACACAGCAAAAUCUCGAUAUAAUUAUCUGUUAAGAAGAUGAAUUUACAAGUAUUCCGGUUGAGCUAUCCCUACACCCAAACUAGCGUUGGCAGAAAACAUUUCAUCUUUGACAGAAAAGAUGCCAUUUUGUGUGCAUCUGGGUGAAAUGCGCAAAUAAUGAGCUGUUUUAAAAGCUUAAAGAAAGGUUUGUAUGUAUGCGAGCAGACAUCUCUUUCUGUUUAUUUUCUCAUUUCAUUUGGGAUUGUACAAAAAAAAAAUCAUACGACGUCAAUCGGGAUCAAACCAAGGCCGGAUAUGGAAUGCAAAGCUAUUUCACACGACCACGCUCUCCAUAUAGCUGCCAGUGCUGAUAUAUAAAAGCGUAAUAAUAUUACACCUUAUCAUAAAAUGAAGUUGGAAAGUGUUUUGAGUAAUUCCAAAUGAAAUCGACAAAUGACAAAACAUGAGUAUUUUUGAUUCGAAUGAAAGUGUGUAUUCCAUUUCGGUUAGAGGAAAUAUGAGUUUUCCACAGCAAUUGGGAUUUUUUUGACUGAAGCGUAACUUUUGAAAAGGGCGUAUCGAUUUGAGUAAGAGAAAUCUUUGAUAAUUUAUAUCUCAAAAACUAUGAUUCGUACCGAAAUAGUGUCUUAGAAAGAGUUAUAGAGUAUUGAUGGUUGAAUACGAAAAAAAUGUGCACUGAGAAAAAAAAAUAGUUUUUUUAUUUACAAAAAAAAUAGUAUUUUUUUUAUUUACAAAAAAAAAUAUUUUAAUUUGCAAUAUCCAAAAUAAAUAUUUUUAAAUUAUUUUUUUAAAUUUUUUCAUACAAAAUAGAAGUCAUGCAGAAAAUUUAAAAAACGGGCCCAAGAUGGUAAAACUAUUUUUGACGAAC